AUGAGCCAAGUUGCACCAAAGUGGUACUCAUCUCAAGACGUCCCAGUCCCAAAGCAAUCUAGAAAGGUUGCCCGUCCACAAAAGUUGCGUGCCUCCUUAGUCCCAGGUACCGUCUUGAUCUUGUUGGCCGGUAGAUUCAGAGGUAAGAGAGUCGUCUACUUGAAGAACUUGGAAGACAACACCUUGUUGGUCUCCGGUCCAUUCAAAGUCAACGGUGUCCCAUUGAGAAGAGUCAACGCCCGUUACGUCAUUGCCACCUCCACCAAGGUUUCUGUUGAAGGUGUCGACGUUUCCAAGUUCGACGUCGAAUACUUUGCCAGAGAAAAGGCCCCAAGAUUCGUCAGAAAGACCGAAGAAGCUUUCUUCAAGGAAGAACCAAAGAAGGAAAUCAAGGCCGAAAGAGUCGCUGACCAAAAGACCGUUGACGCUGCUUUGUUGGCUCAAAUCAAGAAGACCCCAUUAUUAAAACAAUACUUGUCUGCUUCUUUCUCCUUGAAGAGCGGUGACAAACCACACUUGUUGAAGUUCUAA